GGGUUAUUCGUUGCAUACUAGUGCUUUAAAGACGUGAAACACUGGAUAAUUCUCUCGAAAAAUUGACUACACAGAUGGCUUCUACGGACAUUCAGCAUAAUCCUGAACUUAAGGAUGCUCACUCAAAUCCAAUACAUGCAGAGCUGGUGAAACAUCCUUUACAGCAUGCUUGGACUUUGUGGUAUUAUGAGCCUGAUAGAACUAAAACAUGGGAAGACAAUCAGAACCAAGUCUCAACAUUCAACACAGUCGAAGAUUUCUGGAGCUUGUUUACUCAUAUCAGACAGCCUAGUGAAGUGAAAAUUGGAAGUGAUUACUCACUUUUUAAAGAAAACAUUCGACCUAUGUGGGAAGAUAAAGCAAAUAAAAAUGGAGGUCGUUGGAUGAUAUCUUUGAACAGAAAUCAACGCCCUGAAUUAGAUCGCUAUUGGAUUGACACUGUUCUAUGCUUGAUUGGAGAAGCCUUUGAGAAUUUUGACGAUGUAUGCGGUGCAGUUGUUAACAUUCGUCCAAAGGGUGAUAAGAUUGCUGUCUGGACAAGCAACAGCAACAAUAAAGAUGCAUUAAUAGAGAUAGGAAGAAAGCUUAAAGAAGGUCUUAAUCUUCCUGAACGCUUCAAAAUCCAUUAUCAAACCCACAAUGACGCAAUGGUUAAAAACUCGUCAACAGUUAAAUCGCUCUAUGAAAUCUAAGUUAUGAUUUUUCUUCAUUUCCCUUUGCGAAUUUCUCCUUUUUUUGAUUGUUUUAUGAUGCAUUCAUUGCUCUUCCUUUUUCGAUUCCGCCUAACAGGACAUUUAGUUAUUUUUCUACCUUUUCUUUUUUUUCCCUUCAUGCGCAUCGUUCAAAUAUUUCUCGCUGGCUAAUGUUUAUGGAUGGAAUUUAUUUAAUUGAAGCUUAAGCUUAAUUUAAAGCAAGCCUAAAGGAUUCUUGCUAAAUAAAUAAAACUAAAAUGUUAAAUGAAGGAUUGAUAAACUCUGAAAUAAAUACUUAAAAAAGGAAACAAA